AUCAUAACAAUUGCUGUCUCUAGAGUCUUGGAGCCUUCAUCUUGGGGAAACCCACAUGCGCGGUUCCUUGUCCUUAAACAGGUGGUCAGGCUUCCACCUUGUCCUUCACCUGAGUUACUCUCGCCAUGUUUAUGCUCCGCAACCUUAGCAAAUUCGUCUUUGGUGACAGCUCAAAGGAAACCAUUGUCGAGAUCCCCCAGGGCCAGCUGUACCUCGUGCGACCGCGCUCCGUCAAGGGCUUCUCCGAGCUCAUCUUCAAGGACGCUGCAGCCACCAUCCGUCGCACGGGACAGGAGUUCCAGUACCAGCUCGUCAUCCAGCGCGCAUACGAAGAGGGAGAGGAGGACCUGCUUGACGAGGAAGGCGGCGAGGAAGGCGCACUCGAGGCUCUUGCCGGCGACAAGGACGAGAAGACGUUCCUGCUUGACGAGGGUCUCCAGUUCCGUACCGACGCCCGCUCGACUGGCGAGAAGAUCUUCGCGUGGUGCGACCUGAGCGGCGACGUGGGCGAUCUGUGGGAGUUUGUUUGCGACGCGUCAGUCAAGCCAGAGACUGCUGUCCUGUUCGAGCGUGUUGCUCUGCAGUGCCAGUACGAGAGAAAGUUCAGGAGGAGUCACGAGCACGCGACCGAGGACGAUCUCGAAGCCCUAGCCUACUACGAAGAUCCCAUCCCCGACGCCAGCCCUGUUGCCAGCCCCAUCAGCAAGUCUCCCGCCCCCAUCGCCGCAGCGCCGCCUGUCGAGGAGCUCUUCCCGAAUACAACAAAGGACGUCAUGGUGAAGAAAGCGACAGGCAAAGGCCAAGUGCCCAAGGCCAUCGAAGACUCAACAGCAGCACCGCCAUCUGCUGCACAACCAGAAGCCCUAGAGACGCUAGCAGAGAGCAUUGCUGAGCUUCACCUGUUCGACUUCCCAACUGGCACAUUCGUUCUGCAGGAUGCAAAAGUGAACGUUACAGUGACUGAGACCGGCAACUGGGAUUACUGGCUACACAUUGUUGGCGAUGAGCGUGAGUGGCUUGGCCAGCCCAUCAUCGAGGACAUCAAUCCCGUCUUCAACUACGAGUUCAAGUCGUUCAUCUUCAACCACUAUCUCGACGAUGGCUCCGCUUACUCGUGGCUUCUGCGGUUUCACGAGCAAGAAGAAUUGGAGAGCCUUCAACAAGGUGUCAUGCAAGCCCUCUGGGAACACUUGAACAAGGUCAAGUGGGGCAAGGCGAAGGACACCGAUCGCGAGUACGUCCUGGAGGCUUUCCAGGAUCUUACCAUGGACGACGCUCCUGAUGAGGAGCAGGAGGAGGAAGAGGAAGAAGAGUACGAGAGCGGUGACGACCAACGAAGUGAACAAUACGACGAGGAUGAGUCCGACGAAGACACAGAGAUUCGUCCAAAGGACGGAGCCGAAAACUCACAACUUGCAGUCGGUUACAAGCACGACAGGUCCUUUGUUGUGCGAGGCGACAAGAUUGGCGUCUUCAAACAUACGUCGGACAACCAACUUCAAUUCUCCACGACCAUCUCAAAUGUCAAGACCCCGAAGGGCAAGGCGUUUGCUCCCAACAGGGUCAUGCUCCACCAGCAGGAUCAGGACAUGAUUCUACAGAACAUGGAUAAUCCCAACGCAUUGUACAGGAUGGAUCUGGAGACUGGCAAGGUUGUCGAUGAGUGGAAGGUUCAUGAUGAUAUUCCUGUCAAGGUGUUCGCACCAGAGAGCAAAUUUGCCCAGAUGAGUGGAGAGCAGACAUUCUUGGGUCUAUCAGGCAACGCCCUCUAUCGUGUUGACCCUCGUUUAUCGGGCAACAAGCUCGUCGACGAUCAGCUCAAACAAUACGUAACAAAGAACGCUUUCUCCGCCGCGGCCACAACCGAAAAGGGACACAUUGCAGUCGCAUCCGAGAAGGGAGACAUUCGACUCUUUGACAGACUAGGAAUCAACGCAAAGACACUUAUCCCCGCCCUUGGUGAUCCCAUCAUCGGCAUGGACGUCUCAGCAGACGGCCGCUGGGUCCUCGCCACCACGCGCACCUAUCUCCUCCUCAUUGACGCCCUCCAGAAAGGCGGCAAGAACGACGGCAAGCUCGGCUUCGAGAAAGCCUUUGCCAAAGACGACAAACCCCAACCCCGCCGUCUCGCGCUCACACCAGCCCACGUCGCGCAAUUCCAGCACGAGACCCGAGCCCCAAUCUCCUUCACCACCGCACACUUCAACACGGGUCUCGACGACACGGAAACCACCAUCAUCACCGCCACGGGCCCCUUCAUCGUUACCUGGAGCAUGAAGAAGGUGCUUGCUAACCGCAGGGAUCCGUACAACAUCAAGCGCUAUGCCGAGGAGGUCAAGGCCGAUAACUUCAAGUUCGGCUCAGACAAGAAUUUGAUCGUUGCGCUGCCAAACGAGGUUGACAUGGUGGCCAGGCGCGCACUGCAGAAGCCUACCCGUGAGAGUAUCGCGAUACCGAGCCGGGUUGGCGCUGCAAGGAAAAGCGGCGUCAGGGGGAGUUACUUGGGCCGGAACGAAAUCGUGAACAGUCCUUAUUAGGUGGGCUGUUCGAUCCGUUGCGAUGCAUGUUGUGAUGGUGCUUGGAUUUGGAAAACACAACAUGAUAUUGCGUCUGUGUAGGCAUGAUGGCACUACUGGUUAUGAGACUUUCCAUUUCGGGAUUGAUCGUUUCUCUUUUUUCUUCUUUUCCCAUGUCGCUCUAGCUACGCUGUGGAGGGACGCGGCGAUGCGUGGAGAACAUGGCAUCUACAUAGUUACCUAGUUACCUUGAUUUGAUUCCCCUAGAUGGCAGACGAGAUUAUGAAUGCAAUUUCCCCCCCG